CGACCCAUUACUAGCUAGGAGGCGCACCGGCUCCCCAGCUCGAAACAUCGCGCUACAAUGGCGUCUCUCUGAGUCCUCUCACACGGUUGUUGUGUACAUACCUAACCGGGAAUCCGUCACCAUCUACGCCCUGAUAAUGGACCUCCGGUCCAGAGGCUUUUUUCGGGGCCAUCGGAACGACCAAUAGUACUCGGAAAGUACGAAAUUAAUUGAUAUGAGUCCUGUCGGGGAUUUAAUCCAGUGACAGGAGUAGCACCCACCGCAUCUGCCGGUUAGCUAACCAGCUAGCUCAGUAGCCAAGAAGGGCAUCUGUUUUCUCUCGGGGGUAAAAGGGCAGAGGAGCGACAAUACUAUCUCUAAAAAGGACCGGUGAGGAGUGGAAUCCCAGAGUUAGCGUCCAGCAGCAUCGUCACGUUGUAUCCUGUAAAGGCUGGCACCACUUCGCCACCCUAAUGCAGAACCACAAAACAACGUGAAAUGAAUAAACCACCGCAGCCUAUAACGGGAUCCACCUCUGUCCCAAACCCUUCCCCCUCCCCUGGACUAACACAGGCGUCCUACGCACCUGGACAGCCUCAAUCACUUGUUUUUGCCACACAGCCACCCCCACAAAUGACCUCUGCACCGCAGCCAAGACAGUUUGCAGCAGGGCCCCGUACGUUACACCAACAGGGUGGAUACCGAGCACUACAGGGAUACUACACAAGCCGUCCGACUAUGGCCACGAGUGCGCCGAGGGUCCAAACAAGUGUUGGCCCUCGACCUGUUGGACCUCAUGUCUAUCCGCAAGGCUCCCAGAUGAUGAUGAUUUCCCAGCCGCAGCUCUCUUUCCCCGGAUCCCCUUAUUUAAUCCAGUCUUCACAGUUCCGGCACCACUACAUUCCAACUACUGCUCAGUACCCUGUGGCCAGUGGUAAUACAGGCUUCUAUGGAGGGAUGACCCCUGAAUACAAUAGCUUUGAGCCCUCUCUUGCUGCGAGGGAGAGGCGGGGUGGUGGGGGGAGAGGCGGCGGGCGAGAGAACGGCCGUCUCUCUCUCCACGGUGCUCCUCUCACCUCCCAGCGCUACCCCGCAUACUACUCGCCUCAGCCACAGUACCCUACAUCUGUCCAGCCUGCACCGGUCAUGAUCAACCCUGCCCAGCAACAGCAACAAGCCCCUCCUCCGCAGCAACCGCCAGCACAACCCCAAGGCCCACCAAAGAGGGAACGUAAACCGAUCACAAUAAAGGAUCCCACCCGGGGAGGACAGGAUAUCACGGAAGAGAUCAUGUCAGGUGGGAGGUCCACCUCAACACCAGCUCCCUCACAGACCAACACAGAUGGACCAGCACAGACUAACGGUGAAGUCCUUCCGCCUGUUACAACAGUUACACGACGACACGAUAACGCAGAGCAUAUGCCCUGUGUUGAAACUACUCCUCCUGCCGCUGCAACCCCUGAGCCUGUGUUUAUGGCCAAACAGGAUGUGGAUAGCCAGAAUGUCCUUGCCAUGCAAUCAGAUACACUAUCUGCAGCCCCAAACCUAACUUCUGAGGCGCCAACCCAACUGGUGGAAGAGCAAGAAAACUCUCAAACUUUCCUCCCUCCAGCUGACACAUCCACCUCUGCCGUGGAUGUUGUUCAAGUCAACACUAAUGUUGGUGACACAGUAGAUGCCCCUGUCUGUCCCUCACCUUCAACCGCACAAGAGGAGGAACCGCAGGCUACUCCUGUGCCAUAUGAAAAGCCACCAGAAAAGCAAAAAGUCCAGGAAGUAAAGGGGGCGGAAGAAAAUGAAGAGCAGACAGAGUGUGCUAUGUUAGAGCCUGCUGCUGAAGUCCCAGCAGAGGCAAUAGCAGACACAUUAGUAGCUCCUGUUGAUACUGUAGCAGAGGAAAUGCCUACCAAGAUCACAACUGAAGCAUCUCAGCCUCCAGUCUUGGCGCAGGAGCCUGCUGCUCUACUGACCCAGAUUGCUGCUUCUAUAUCUGAACUAGAACCUAAACCCGAAUCCACACCAGUGGAACCAGCAGAGCCUCCACUCUCUAAUGGCCUUCCGCAGGAUGUUGAGGAACUUUGUGACGAUAUGGCGUUCCCAGACACUAAACCCUGCGACAAACCAGACGUUUUUAAAUCUCAGGAAUCCACACCUGUGGCUAAAACUCCACUGCCGGUAGAGGAGAAGGAGGAAGACGUGGUGGUGGAGAAUAAAAAUAAGGAUGAGGAGAACGCUGCAAAAAGUGAAGAUGUACCUCCUGCCUGUGUAAGCGGUCCUACAGAGGGAUGUACUAUGCAAGCUGCUACAUUUGUGCCAAAGAAAAGGAGGAACAUGAAGGAAAUCAACAAAAAGGAAGCCAUUGGAGACCUUCUGGAUGCCUUCACAGAGGAUCAAGAUGCCAAGCCUGUCUCUGAGCCCUCGUCCACUCAGGCUGACCCUGUCCCUGUUGCUCCAGCUGAACCUCCCGCAGAAGUUGUUGAUGAGACCUGGGAGGAGAAGGAAGACAAGCAGAACGCAGAACCUGACAAGCCAGAACCCAAAUCUGAUUACAAUGGGGAUAAAGACAAGCACAAAAAAGAACUAAGCCCAGACGACAAAAAGUGCUACGACCGAGACUUCCUACUGCGCUUCCAGUUUAUCAAUGCCAGCCUGCACAAGCCAGAGGGGCUGCCUAUCAUUAAUGAUGUGGUUCUAGACAAGGUGAACAAGACUCCACUGCGACCUGCUGACCCAGUUCGAAUGAUGAAUGUUGGCCCUGAUUUUACCCCGUCAUAUUUGGGUAACCUGGGGAGCAGAUCAGUUGGAGGACUGCGUGGACCACCCCCUGGGCCUAGGCGAUCCCAGCAGGGUCAGCGUAAAGAACCUCGUAAAAUCAUCACCAGCAUGUCCUUUAGUGAUGACGUGCAGCUCAACAAGGCAGAGAAGGCUUGGAAGCCAUCUGCAAAAAAGCCCAGUAGGGGCCGUGAUGAGGAAACUGCUGCAGCAACCACCACAGAGGAAGAGUCUCCUGAGCAAGCUGAAACAAAGGAGAUUUUGAAACGUCUGCGCAGUAUCCUCAACAAACUGACACCACAGAAGUUUCAGGAGCUGAUGAAACAAGUGGGGGAGUUGGCCAUCGACUCGGAGGAGAGGCUGAAGGGAGCGAUUGACCUCAUCUUUGAGAAAGCCAUCUCAGAGCCCAGUUUUUCUGUAGCCUACGCCAAAAUGUGCCACUGCCUUUUGGGAUUAAAAGUCCCCGUCUCAGACAAGCCUGGAGCUACUGUGACUUUCCGCAAAUUGCUUAUUAACCGCUGCCAGAAAGAGUUUGAGAAGGACCAGGAUGAUGAUGAAUUCUUGGAGAAAAAGCAUAAAGAAAUGGAGGCUUCCAAAGAUGAGGAAGAGCGCGAACGCCUGCGUGUGGAGUGGGUGGACGCCAGGGACAAGUUCCGGCGCCGCUCGCUGGGCAAUAUCAAGUUCAUUGGUGAACUUUUCAAGCUGAAGAUGCUGACGGAGGCCAUAAUGCGCGACUGUGUUGUGAAACUACUGAAAAAUCAUGAUGAGGAGUCUUUGGAGUGUCUCUGUAGACUGCUCUCCACCAUUGGCAAGGACCUGGACUUUGAGAAAGCCAAGGGUCUCAUGGAUCAGUAUUUUAAUCAAAUGGAUAAGAUCAUCAAAGAGAGAAAGACUUCAUCAAGAAUCCGCUUCAUGCUGCAAGAUGUUUUGGACCUCAGAAAGAGUAACUGGGUGCCUCGUAGAGGAGACCAGGGUCCUAAAACUAUCGACCAGAUCCAUAAGGAGGCGGAAAUGGAAGAGCGCAGAGAACAGUUCAAAGUCCAGCAGCAGCUCAUGUCAAAAAAAGAGGCAGGGGGGGGCAGGUUGGGUGGUAACAUGGGUGGUCGAGGCCCUCACACACCAGGAGGUGGUCGAGGCAGCCAACCUCAGGAUGAGGGCUGGAACACAGUGCCCAUCACCAAAAAUCGCACUAUUGACACACACCGCCUCAAGAUAACACAGGCUGACCCUACAGAGAUCAACAAUCAGCGGCUAGCGCCACUGGGGAGAAGCACAUGGGGCAGCUGGGGAAAAGGCAGCAGCGGGGGAACAGGAGCUAAGCCAAGUGGAGACCAGGACCCUGGCCGCCCAGCUACCAGCACUGUCAACCGCUACUUUGCCUUGCAGCAGCCCAGCUCUUUGUCAUCAGACUCUGAUCGAAGAGAUCAUCAGAGGUCGAGCUCCAGCCGUGAGCGAGGUGGCGAGAGGGACAAAGCGGACCGUGACAAGGAUCGCUUUGAGCGUUUUGAUCGUGACGACAGAAGCAACCUUAGCCCAAUUACCAAGAGGAGCUUCAGCAAAGAAACGGUGGAGCGUGGUGGAAGGGGCAGUGAAAGCCGGGCCGCCAACGAAUCUGUGCGCCGUGUGGCCAGCAUGACGGACAGCCGGGACCGGGGCAGCCGGGACCGGGCGAGCAGGGGAAGCCGGGACCGGGCGAGCAGGGGAAGCCGGGACCGGUCCAGCCGGGAAAGCCGGGACCGGGCGAGCCGCGAAAGCCGGGACCGGGCGAGCCAGGGAAGCCGGGACCGGGCGAGCCAGGGAAGCCGGGACCGGGCGAGCCAGGGAAGCCGGGACCGGGCGAGCCGCGAAAGCCGGGACCGGGCGAGCCAGGGAAGCCGGGACCGGUCCAGCCGUGACCGGGGAAGCCGGGACAGACGCCCGAGCAAAGACCUACCAGUGAAGCAUGAGAGUGCUCCCGCAGCUCCUACUCUCCCUAAAUCCACCUUGACAGAAGAGGAGGUGGAGAAGAAGUCCAUCGCCAUCAUUGAAGAGUACCUCCACAACAAAGAUUUGAAAGAUGCGCUUCUGUGUGUAGAAGAGCUCAACAGCACCGCCCUGCUUUUCGUGUUUGUGCGGAAGGGCGUGGAGUUCACACUUGAGCGCAGCACCAGCGCACGUGAACACUUGGGCACUUUGUUGCACAGACUAAUUAAGGCGGGCACGUUACCUGUUGUGCAGUAUUUCCAAGGGCUAUUAGAGAUCUUGGAAGAUGCCGAAGAAAUGGCCAUAGACAUACCUCACAUCUGGCUGUACCUGGCUGAACUCAUCAAUCCAAUGCUCCUUGAGGGUGGCAUCCCGAUGGGGCAGCUCUUCAGGGAGAUCUCCAAGCCUCUCGUGCCUCUCGGUAUGGCCGGCGUCCUGCUCGUGCACAUCCUCCACCUUCAAUGCAAGGGAAUGACCCCUAGUAAGGUUGGCGCCAUGUGGAAAGUGGCAGGGCUUAAUUGGAGCGACUUCCUGUCCAAGAAUGAAGACGUCAACAAGUUUGUCACUGAUCAGAAAGUGGAGUUUACAACAGGAGAGGAGGAAAAGUCCAAAGACAGCACUAAGAUGCUGCUGAGUUGGGAGGAGAUCAGGCAAGAGCUGGAUCGCCUCCUUCGCGAGAAGGCCAGCGACCAGAGCAUCAAAGACUGGUUAGAGGCCAACCUUAAUGAGCAGCAGAGAGCCGCCAACCUGUUUGUGCGUGCACUCAUGACCGCCGUGUGCCAGUUAGCCAUCACAGGUGAUCAGUACAAGUUGGACAUACAGCAGCUCAACCUCAGAGCCAAGUUCUUGCAGCACUACCUAUGUGAUGAGGACAAAGAGCUGCAGGCGCUGUAUGCGCUGCAGGCUCUAACGGUGGACCUGGAGCAGCCUGCAAACCUGCUGGUCAUGUUCUUCAAAGAGCUGUACCAGAACGACGUAAUCAAAGACGAUACCUUUUUCAAGUGGGAAUCGUGCAAAGACCUCGCGGAGCAAUCGGGCAAAGGUGUGGCCUUGAAGUCCGUCAUGUCCUUCUUAAAUUUUCUUCGCAGCGCAGAGAGCGAGUCUGAUGAGGACUGAAAAGUCCUGAGCUUGGACUCUGCUGCCCCCUGUUGGCCAGGCAACCAGGGUGUGACGAAUCCAGGACAAUAUUGCCUUAGUGGCAGACUCAAAUAAAUCCUCAAUGAGGAUAAUUAUCUUUGUUUUGUUUCUUCGAGGGAUGGACUCAGAAAACAAUCAAUUCUCUCCUCCCUUCCCUCUCUCACCUCCUUACUGUUUCCACAGCAAGUGUCCUCAUGUAAUAAACUUGAAUAGUUGUUCAGCAGGAUUCCUACAUCACUAAAAUGAUUUUCCUCCAGGCCGCAGCUCAACGGGAUGUUUUUUUAUUGUUGCGCCUUAAUCUGCCUAAUCUUUGAGAUGAGUCCAUGUUGCUGAGAGUUGCCAGUGUAACUCAAGCGUGGACGUUUCUAAUCAUGACGAGAAAAUCACGGCGGACAAGAGGAACAUAAACCAAGAUGACGUCCUUAAUGGGAUGGAGUUUCUAGUCUCGCCUUCUGGACUGACCUUUUUACCUUGAUUGCUAGGGUGGUGUGAUCUUGAUGCUUCCUUUCAACCCUCUUCAUCCCCCGUGGUGAAGCACACUGACUGACUCUUCAUCAAUCUUACCUCCGCUGCGGAGGACUCUUAACGACUCAAUCGCCAUAAAACUUGAAGUCUGCAGAAAAUUGACUUGAUGAAUUAUAUAAAAAGUUAAAAACAGAAAAUAUCCGGAAAACUUUUUCUACGUCGAGUGGGAACUCCUUCCUGGAGCAUUCUGUAAAUAUAUAAUAAUUAAAACUUUUCCUUUUUUUUUUGUGUCAUUUUUGAGAUAAUGCCGUUGUCCGAAUGCAGAGAGGUGCUCUAGAUAAUCCUUUAUCAGUUUUAUUGGAAUUUUGUAAAUAUAUUUUUUUGCUUUCUUUAUUUAAGAAAUUAUGGCUUCUUUUGCAUCGGAAACUGGAAAGACGAGGAACAUUGCAAAUAAAGGACUUAUUAAGUUGCA